ACAAGGUGAUUCUUAUGAGACUGAGAGUUGCUUUCUUUGACUCUGUCCAUGGAAUCAUACCAGUCUUUUCUCUAGACUGGUGGUUGUCAGACUUCCAUUUGCAUCAGCAUCACCUGGUGGACUCCAGUAACACAGAUCACUAGGAACCACCCAAGAGUUUCUGAUUGAGGAAUAUAAGGAUGGCAGUUCCUGGAUUUAUUCCUGGUGUCUUCGUAUUUCUGUUGUAUAUUAGUUCUGUGGCUAAUUAUCCCAAUGGAAGAGUGACACAAUCAUGCCAUGGAAUGAUUCCUGAACACGGUCACAGCCCACAGACUGACCCCGUUCACCACAUCACAGUCAGUCAGGUGACAUUCAGACCAGGAGAUCGAAUCGAAGUGACUUUGUCAGGACCACAAUUUAAAGGCUUUCUCUUAGAAGCUCGUAAUGCUGAGGAUUUGAAUGGCUUUCCUGUUGGCUCCUUCACGUUGACUGACAGUCAAGUGUCACAGCUUCUGACUUGUGAAGAUAUCCAGGGAUCAGCUGUGAGUCACACAAGUUCAUCCAAAAAAACAGAAAUUAAAGUCUACUGGAAUGCUCCAAGCAGUGCCCCGAAUCACAUACAGUUUUUAGUCACAGUUGUUGUGAAGUAUAAAACCUACUGGGUGAAGGUUCCUAGUCAGAUAAUUUCCCAACCAAAUGCACUUCCUUUUACAACACCUGAAGCUACAGUAUCACCAUCAUUGACACCACCUCCAGUUUCCCAUUUAACCAAACCAUUCAGUGCGUCAGACUGUGGGAACAAGAAAUUCUGUAUUAGGAGUCCUUUGAACUGUGACCCAGAGAAGGAGGAGGCCUGUGUUUUCUUGUCCUUCACAAGACAUGCCCAGUCGGUGAUGGUGGAAAUGAGCGGUCCUGGAGAAGGCUAUUUAUCCUUUGCAUUUUCUCAUGACCGAUGGAUGGGUAAUGAUGAUGCUUAUUUGUGUAUUCAUGAAGAUCAGACAGUUCAUGUACAGCCUGCACAUUUGAUGGGGCGAAGUCACCCUGUGAUGGACUCCAAAGGUCAUCUUGAGGCUGUGGCUUGGAGGUUGGCAGAUGGUGUAAUGCAGUGUUCUUUCAGAAGAAACAUUACCCUUCCUGGGGUUAAGAAUAGAUUUGAUUUAAACACAAGCUACUACAUAUUUCUAGCAGGUGGUGCAGCUAAUGAUGGUAAAAUUUAUAAGCACUCUCAGCAACCUUUGAUUACAUAUGAAAAAUAUGAUGUAACAGACUAUCCUAAGAACAUAGGAGGAUCCCGAUCUUCACUCCUUUUGAAGGUUCAUGGUGCAUUAAUGUUUAUGGCAUGGAUGACUACUGUUAGCAUAGGUGUUCUGAUUGCCCGGUUCUUCAGAUCUGUUUGGUCAAAAGCCUUCUUCCUUGGCGAAGCAGCUUGGUUUCAGGUGCAUCGGAUGCUCAUGCUCACUACAUCUGUGCUCACCUGCAUUGCUUUCAUUAUGCCUUUUGUAUACAGAGGAGGCUGGAGUUGGCAUGCAGGUUACCACCCGUAUCUUGGUUGUAUAGUGAUGGCGUUAGCAGUUCUUCAGCCUCUUCUGGCAGCCUUCAGGCCACCUUUGCAUGAUCCAAGAAGGCAAAUGUUUAACUGGACUCAUUGGAGUGUGGGAACAGCUGCUAGAAUAAUAGCAGUGGUAGCAAUGUUCUUAGGAAUGGACUUACCAGGAUUGAAUCUUCCCAGUCCACAGAAAACCUAUGCAAUGAUUGGAUUUGUAACCUGGCACAUCGGGACUGAGAUUGUUCUGGAGAUACAUGCUUACCGACUCUCUCGAAAAGUUGAAAUAUUGGAUGAUGAUAGAAUUCAGAUCCUUCAGUCACUUACUGUAGCUGAAGCAGAGGGUCAUGCUUUUAAAAAGGUGGUGUUGGCAAUUUAUGUCUGUGGGAAUGUGACUUUUCUCAUCAUAUUCUUAUCUGCAAUCAACCAUGUGUGAGCAAGCAAAGACCUUGCUUUUUGUGGACCAGGUAAUAAUUAUCAUCAAACCAAAGAAACAUGAAGCCUGUACUGACUGCCUGGAGCAUAAUCAUGGAUUCUAAUUUGGAAGAGUAGGACCAUGGCUAGAAAGGAAUUCUGAAGUCUGAUCUCUACAGAUCAAGUUCAGGAGGGUCACAUGGCCUGUAAACUGACGUCAGGCCAAGAUGUGUAAUUCUGUGUCUUAAAGGCAACAUUAUACAUGGAGAAAUGACUCUUGAAUAUUCCACACCAAGAUUUUAAGAAUGUUAGUGUUUAAGAAAUCAAACAAGAACAAUUUGGAAAAACAAAAUAUCAUAUCAUUAGAAUAAAAAGGACAUUUUAUUAUGGUAAAUAUAUUUUGGCCUACAAAGCUGCUGUGGUACUCUAAAGAAAACAUUUAUUUUUAGUAUAGAUGGUCUUUGGACUUGUGUUUAUUUUUGGUUUUUGGUAUCCAGGGUUGAACCCAGGGCACACUGAGCCACAUCCCCAAGCCCUUUUUAUAUUUUAUUUAGAGACAGGUUUCUCUGAGGUGCUUAGGGCUGUGCUGAGUCGCUGAGGCCGCCCUCAAACUUGUGAUGCUCCUGUUUCAGCCUCCCUAGCCGUUGGGAUUACAGGCAUGCACCACAGUGCCUGACUGGACUUGUUUUUAGAAACUAUGUUUUCAGUCUGUUUUUUGGGAUAUUUUAUUUGCUCCCUGUAUUUUAAUACUUCUCAGGUUAAAGGUGGAAGUGUGAUGGACUCCAUUGAGGGUUUCAUUAACAUUCAAUUAUAUUAUUAGAAUUAUAAUUUCUUUGUUAGCAAUGAAAUACAAGUAUACAUGUUCUAACCAAAGAUAUUAUUUCUUUAUUCACAGAGCUGAAAUAGCAAUUUAUAUGUUAUUUUGACUAUGAGAUAUAAGUCCUUACAGCAUUUGGAGAUUAUAGAUUUGUAUUUCAAAAUUAACCAAACUCAUCCUUGUGGACAUAUUUAAAAAUGAUUCUCUUUACUUGUGAACAUAAAUUAAUAUGGGUGGUUUUGUUUUGUAAGAAGUUCCUGAUGUUGUAAUGGACUUGUAUAGUCAGUGUUAUUUUCCUUCCCAUUCCAAUAAUUUACCUUCUAUUUUAUGGCCAGGGCUCAUACUCGCUAUGAGUUCUUCUAGCCAGCCGGUGGCACUGUAGUACCGAAAUACUCAUUUGUUUCUGUCUCCUUGUGCUGUGAUUCAUUUUUAGUACUUAAAAAAACAUGGGAUGGCAUUUUCCUUACAUUCUACCAGCUUUUCUUAAUCUUCCGUUGAAGAAUUCUUGCAUUUUCUUGUUGUUUUGGGGUAAUGGUUGUAGAAACUUGAAUUAGGGGCCAUUGUUAUUAUUUUCUUGUUAUGUAUGUUUUCUAACUUUCCUUUAUAAGAUUUGUUGGAUAUUUUCCUUUACAUACUCUCUAGCAGAUGUAUACAAUCACUGAAGGCAAAGGAAACAAGCAAAAUGUACGUUUUUAAAAGAAAAAAAGAAUAGGGGUCAUUCCUUUAUUUUUUAGGUAUUUUCUUUAUUUCUUUGGGUAUUGCGUCAUAGUUUCUUCUUGGUUUAAGAAUCUAAUUUCUUUCUGUUAACAAUGGCUUAGCUGUCUAACCCACAUAUUUUGCUGGAUAAAGUGAUAUGGAAGUUUUCUUUAUGUUUCUUAUAUAGGUGUUCAGCAUAAGUAGCUUAGGACAUAGUGCCAUGUUACUUAAAAUCUAAGCUUUCCUUGUGAAUAUCUAUUCAAAAUUAACAUAGCAAAGUAAAUGUGCAUUAAAAUAUUUACCUUCACUUUUUUGUUAUAAGGGGAUUAAAAACUAAUACAUUUCUCUUAAUAUGUUAUAUUCUGUAUCUGAGAAGGAAAAAUUCUUUCAGGGAAAGAUGAGCCUUGAUUGUGUUUUAUUUUUAAGUAUGUGGGCUUGCUGGGUUUCAACCACCAAGGCCUAUAUCACAACUUUUGCUUUUUCACCGAUUCAUAUGUUGGUGCUAUUCUGAUACUUCUUCAACUGACAUAUAGAACUGUCCAAAGAAAUAUUUGUCACUUAAUCUUAGCAGACCAAAUCUUUUCACUAGGACCAAAUUAUGAUUCUUCUGCUGAUGAACGAUCGGUAUCCACCAAUUACAAAAACUUGUUCUUCCCUCCUCCCAGUUUUACUUCUUGUUUCUAGAUAGUUAAAAAAAUUCUUUUGAUAUGUGUGAUUGUGAAGCUUAAUGCCUUUAUACUUUGUCAGUGUUGCCAAAAAGAGCGAGCAAAAUCACAAGUUUUCUUAAAGAAGGUUGUUCUGUAAAAUAAAGAUAAGUAUUUUUUGAAAAAAAAAAAAAGAAACAAGCUCUAGAAAAUUGUGAUUAGUCAUCUCUGAGGCUACUUUUUGUUUUUCUUUAUUUUCUGCUCUGUGGAAAUCAGUUUUAAGUGUUCAUAGGUAGUCUAUAGCAUGAGUUACUGAAUAAAUGAAUCAAAUUAACUUUAGUAGUUACUUGGAUUUGUCAGAAUUUUUGGCUCUAAUGUGUGCUAAGUGAUACCUCAUACCCUCCACAUCCGGCCUCAGUCCAGGAUGCCAUGGGAAAAGACAAAUACAGCAGAUGCCAACUAGGAAGCUCCAGGGGAACAUGUAGCUGUUGGCUGAAAUUCUGUUUAUCUAUGUACUCUGGUAAAGCAGUGAGAAGAGAAGAACAAAGGUCUUGUUUAAGAAAAUCCACUGUAGGUGGGAAUGAGAGAAGAUUCUUCUAAGUUCUUUUCAAACGAGAUUAGGAUUCUCACUGUUCCUAUCCAUAUCUUGCUGCUUUCUUCCUUGCCUAGUUCCUACCAACUUCAACUCUAUACCAAUGUCAUUGAGGUCAUCCACCUAGAAUGGCCUUUCUCUUCUUCUCUUCCUAGCAAAAGCUAGUUUUUCAAGUUUUAGUUCAAGUUCUUACUUCUCUUUGGAGCCUUCCCUGACUCUAUCCAAUAUGGAUCUCUGUUUGUCCUGUCUAACAGGGUGGUGUGGAAUGGGAAGAAGCUCACUCUGUAAGUUAAAAUGGAGUGGGAGCGGAGAGACCUAAGUAUCCAGGUUUUCUUGUAGACUAACAUGCUACAUUUUUUGUGGAUAAGAGACUUAUCGUCUGUGAGUCCAGUUCAUUCUGAAAAGCCUGUGUCAGUGAGCAUUUGUAAGGACUAAGUAGAAUGUGCCAGCCAGAGGUGCUUGCUUUCUGAAUGCCUUUUAUGGCAUCUAUGGCAUUUGAUUACAGUAUCAAACUUUAAGUUUUUGCCUAUAAAAUGUGUACUUUGCAUUAUAUAAAAUAUUUGAUGUUUCACUUGAAACAUUAUGUUAAAUUAAAUAAUCCAGAUACAAAAGACAGUCAUUAUAUAUGAUUCCACUUACAUAUGAGACAGUAGUCAAAUUUGUGGAGAGAGAAGGUAGAGUGGUGGUUACUAAGGUCAGGGGUGAGCAGUAGUAAAGGGAAUGUGUUGUUUAAUGGAUCUGGAGUUUGUGUUUGGGAUGAUGAAAAUGUUCUGGAUAUGAAUAGUGUUGAUGGUUGUACAGCACUGUGAGUGUAUUUAAUGUGCUGAACUUACACUUCACCAUGGUUAAAAUGGACAACAAAACAAGUUUUGAAUAAAUAAUAAAAAAGGUUAAAAACAAUGUUCAUAGCAGCACUAUUCACAGUGGUCAAGUAAUGGAAAUGACCCAUAUAUCCAUCAAUGGAUGAGUGGAUUAUAGUGUGUACAUAGAGUGGAGUAUUAUUCUAACAUAAAAUGGAAUGAAGCACUGCUACAUGCUGUAAUAUGGACCUCAAAAUACUAUGUUCAGUGAAAGAAGUGAGACACAAAGUUCACAUCUUUAUAUGUAAUAUCCACAAUAGAUUAGUCCACAGAGACGGAAAACAGAUUGAUAGAAAACCAAAGGACUAAACUGCAGCUCUCCAGGGUGGAGUGGAGAGUUCCUAGAAGAAAACUUUAGAGGCAUAUACAUGAAGCCUGAUGAAAGGCAUCUGUGGAAAACACCUACAGUUUAUAUCAUAAUCAAUGGUGAAUGAUGGAACACUUUCCCCAUUAGCAAGUUCAAGACAAGUGUUUUUUCAGUUUUGCAUCAAAAUUGUCUUGGAGGUGCUACUAAUGGCAAUUGAAAAAAGAAAAUGAAAGGCAUCCAGAUUGGAAAGAAAGAAACAAAAUUAUCACUUUUCAUACAUAAUUAAUCUAUAUAGAAAAUCAUAAAAUAUCCACUAAGCAACUACUAGAAGUAGUAAAUCAGCUCAGCAGAGUUGCAGGAUUAAAAAAAAAAAAGUCAAUAUGUAAAAAUCAACAUUUCCA